AUGGCCGGUGAUGGAGCCGAAGAACUCGUCGAGCUUCUUCCACCAGAGUUCACCCGCGAGGUCGAGCUCGCUGCGUUCCACUGCGCGACGGUGCCCAAGGCGCUGUGUGGAGAGCUGGUGAAGCUGUUGCAGAAAGCGCCGCUUAGCACAGAGUUCCAGCACCUCAUUCGAGUCAGGAAGCCCCCGGAUGACCCGGAGCAAAGACAGGUGCUGCUGAGUCUGGCCACCUCGGACUUUGCUCCCUUCGCUGCUCUGGGAGAGUUCCUUCAGAAACACGAAGCACCCGUCGAGACGGUCCAUGUUCCGCGCCACGGCGCCCUAACACCGACGCAGCUUCAGAGUUUCUCAAGGCAUUGGCCCAUUAAGAACCUGAAGUCGUCGUUUGAGCCGCUGAAGCUCUCAGAGGACCUCCGGAAGGCCUAUGGCGAGCUGCUGCGCCAAGCUGAGGAAGUGGCCGGAGGAGGCUCCGGCUGCGUCAUCGCACGUCGAAAGGAAGGACGCCAGGCGGAGUUCGAGGUACUCGCUGCCGCAAAGUCCGCGGUCAGCGAAGCCGAGCCACUGAGGCACGCCGCCAUGGAAGCCAUCAGUGCCAUAGCGGUUAGGGCGAAGGCCGCGGCGGACGCGCAAAAGCGCCCAAGGGAGGAGGAGGAGUACUUGUGCUGCGAUUGCGAUGUCGUUCUUACACACGAGCCCUGCGUCAUGUGCGCCAUGGCGCUGGUGCACUCGCGUGUGCGUCUAGUUGCAUUUCGCGAAGUUGAUUCCGAUUUCGGCGGCCUGGGUGCUCGGAGCAUCGACCACCUUGCAGCUGACUUCGGCUUGAAGUUCUCCUGGGGCAAGAAGGCCGCGGUGACAGCGGUCCCGAAACCGGCGAGGCCAGGGAGCACUGGGAUGACCAUCGCCCAGGAGGCGGCCGUGAACCAAGGAGAUCUCAAGCCGACCACGCCCGAAGAAGAGGAGAAGCGCCGGAAGCGCCUUGAGGCCUGGAAGAAGCUGCAGGCCGAGAACCCGGAGGCCGGCACGCGGGCCGAGGACGAGCCGAACCAGAAGAUGGCUCAGGUUAGGGCGGCGCUGAAGGAGGUAAACAAGAGGAACCGGGACCUCGGCGUGCGCAAGAGCAAGAAGAAGAGGAAGCGAUCCUCCAGCUCCAGCGACGACGUGAUGAUCACCUCCACUGACAAUGCCGAUGUCAUCAUCACUCAGGCUGACGCGAAGCCGCGUGGGGGCCGUGGUCAGGCUUCAGGAGCCCCUGCGGCUGGGGGUCUCAUUGAUCUGGACGAUGAAGGGCCGGUCGACUCCGAGGCCAAGGAGUCGGAGCCCAAGGAGCCCAAAGAGGCCAAGGAGCCCAAGGAGGCCGAGAAGGCCGCGGAGGAGGCCGCGGAGGAGGGAGAAGGUCUGACUUUCCUUUGA